GAGCUUCACAGUAGCAGUGUGCGCUGCACUGGAGAGGAGGGGUGACCGGGAGCUGUCUACUGUACGCUACAGUAAUGAGAUUAUUCAACUCCUAAAGCUUCGUAUAUAUAGUAGUCGCUGCGUUAUUUCUCUCACACCUCACCGCAUGCGCCCGCGUGCUCGCCCCUUCAGCUCGACCCCCGCCAGGAAAAGCGCCCCUUUUAAUGACAUUAUUUUUUUGGAAAGAAACUGCUCAUUGGAACCUCCGUCACUCUUUGCGCACAUGACUUUUCUGAUGGAAGAGAGAACGACGGAGGUUACAUUUGUUGCUGUUUGCUACUUUGGGGGCUCAAAAACUUUUACUCCCCGUGGCUGAGCGAAACACACCCCGCCGAACCAUGGAGAACCAAACCGAAUCGCAGAGCAGCACCGAGGACGUCCGUAAGAGCGGCUAUCUGCGCAAGCAGAAAUCAAUGCACCGGCGGUACUUCGUGUUACGGACGGCCUCGGAGCGCGGCCCGGCUCGACUGGAAUACUACGAAAGUGAGAAGAAAUUUCGAGGUAAAACGCCCGUGCCCAAAAAGGCAUUGGCGCUGGAGACGUGCUUCAACAUCAACAAACGAGCCGACUCCAAGAAUAAACACAUGAUCGUGCUUUACACACGGGCUGAGAGCUUCGUCGUGGCGGCGGAGAAUGAGACGGACCAGGAGGAAUGGUACCAAGCCAUGGUGGAACUUCAAUGCAAGAGUAAAGCACUAUGUGACAGUGUGAAUGGGGGAGACUAUGGAGUACCAUCUCCUGGUCCUGCUUUUAAGGAGGUCUGGCAGGUGAAGGUUUGGCCGAAAGGUCUGGGGCAAGCCAAGAACUUGGUUGGCAUCUACCGGCUAUGCCUGACUGAAAAGACAGUCAACUUUGUUAAGCUAAACUCUGAUGCAGCUGCUGUUGUGCUCCAGCUAAUGAAUGUGAGACGUUGUGGUCACUCUGAAAACUUCUUCUUUGUGGAGGUGGGCCGCUCUGCAGUAACUGGCCCUGGAGAGUUUUGGAUGCAAGUGGAAGAUUCUGUGGUGGCACAAAAUAUGCAUGAGACUUUGCUGGAAGCCAUGAAGGCCCUGAGUGAGGAAUUCCGCCAGCGCAGCAAGUCACAGUCAACUGCUGCAGGAGGUGGUGCCACUGCGUCAAAUCCUAUCAGUGUUCCAUCUCGACGGCAUCACUCCAACCCUCCACCCAGCCAGUUUGGAUUCACAAGACGUCCACGAACUGAGCCACCGGGUAGUACAGGAGGAGGCGGAAAUAGCAAUGGCACCUCUCCAACUUCUCGGCACAGCUUUCCCCAAACUCGAGCAUCCAGUGAUGGUGGAAAAGUUGAAGAUGGAGGUGAUGCAGCAACAGGAGGGACUGCAUCCUGCUCAAGUCCCACCACCAAUGGGUCAUGUUCAAAUACCCCUAUAUUGAGAUCAACAUCUGUUUGUGCUCCAACCCCAGUCAAGGCACAACAUGCUCUAAUGAGAUCCACCUCAACUCCAGCUUCUUCAGCUGCACCAGUCCUGCCUUCCAGCUCAGGUUCUGGAUCAGAUUUUUGUGGGAUUGGAAAUAGUAGUGGGGGUGGAAAUGGCAGUGUGUACAGUCGAAUACCCCUCGGGCAUCCCUCUGUCUCGGGCUCAUUCAGCGACUAUGGAUCCUCAGAUGAAUAUGGCUCUAGCCCUGGUGAGCACUCUUUGCUUACCCCAACAAUGCAGACAGGGUCUGCAGGUAGCUCAGGUGGGCAUUCCCUUGGGGAAGACGCAUCCAACUACAUCCUUAUGGGUCAAAGAGGGGCAUCCAAACCCCAGCCAACACAAAAUACAUUACCACAGACCAGGAGGGUUCUGAGACGAUCUUCUAGCAGACAGUGUGAAGCGGAGCGCAGGCUAAUGAGCAAACGGGCCUCCCUCCCACCCAUGGCUUUAGAGAGAUUUGCACCACUUCAUCGUGCUGGAGAGGGACCAGUGGAAAAGGAUGACUAUGCAGUUAUGACUUGCACCACCAGCCAAGAAUCUUUUGGUUCAAGGCAGGAUUCUGGAACAUCAGCAAGUGGAACAGGGUACCUAGAAGUAGCUGCUGAGCUCAAAGGUGAUGCUGGAAGCAGUGGAACAUGUGGCCCUGCUGUCAUUGGAGGAAGUAAUGGCACUGUGGAUAAUGGAUAUAUGUCCAUGUUGCCAGGAGUGACAGCUCUUCCAGUAUCCCUUUCUCACUCCCUCUCAGUAGCAGUGUCAGAUCCAGACUCAAAGCCUGCGGAUGACUAUAUGGCAAUGACCCCCAAUAACAGCAUUUCACCCCCCCAGCAGAUCCAUCCACCACCUUCUGGCAUAGAUGGUUACAUGAUGAUGUCUCCCAAUAGUAGCUGUUCACCAGACCAACGAGGGGUGCCUACCUCCUGGGUUGGCAGUAGCAGUGCUGACAGCCGGACUGGCAGUGACUAUAUGAAUAUGUCACCUAUUAGUGCCCGUUCUGCCAAUAGUACCCCACCACCACAGGAGACCCUCACACCAUCUGACCCUUAUCCUCAGCAGCCUCAACCCAAGAUGGUAUAUUCUUACUAUUCUCUACCACGCUCCUACAAACAUAGUACUUCAACACAUUUUGAGGAAGUGCCAGGAAGAGGAAAGCAUCUGGUUAAUGGUGGUAGAGGUCUGGGUGGAGGUAGGGGGUUUAGUAUUAGCAAGUCCAAGCAUCAGGAAGCCCCUAUUGGCCGACAUCUUUCCCUUUCAUCCAUCUCAUACUCCUCUAGCUCAGCCAGCAAUGAAAACCUGGGUGAAAGCGAAGAAAAGACUAUCAAAGUAACAGGAGGAGCAGCAGAAGCUAUUGCGAAGGAUAUUGAACAACUGCCCUUGCAGCAAAGACAAGGGUCUAGGGGGGUAAAGCAAGGUCACCCUGGCCAAAGGAACCGACCUCUUAGCCUGUUUGUGGACAUCUCAAAAGCCAGCACUCUACCAAGGGUCCGAGAGACACCCCUUGCUCCUGAACCUAAAAGUCCUGGGGAGUAUGUAAGCAUUGAGUUUAAGGGUGAGAGGAACAUUAAGGUAGGAGACAAUGGUAUCAGAGGAUUUCAGCAAGAUGCCUCCCUUCCACCCAGUGCCCACCGUCCCUCACCUAGGCCAACUUCUUGUGUUGAUGGGUUCUUAACCCUCUCCCAUAACUCCUCUACUCCAAUCCCCCCAUCAGCUGCAUCUGAGUAUGUUAACAUGGAGCUGGGAGCCUCACCUUCCCCCUCUCCCAUUUCACUAACAGCACUGGGGUUUUCCCCAUUCCCCACCCCUCCUCUUACACCUGCAGCAGCCCUUAAAGCUUGUGAUGAUCAUAGGUCAACACCCCUAAAUGAGGACAAGGCAGAGGUUGAGAUCGGACAUAAAAAAAACAGGCAGGUGUCAGUACAACUGUCUGAAAACUCACCCACAUCAUGUGGUGACUACACAAAGAUGGCUUUUAGCCUGAACUCAGACAACACUUCAAGUUCUACAUCACCCAAAGCCUCAGUGCAAGACCAGCCAGAGUCAGUAGUUCCAGCUCUAGCUUUGGGACUGGGGUUAGACUUUCCUAUCACCAAGGUCCUAAAUCCAGACCAUGGAGCUAGGGUAAUCCGAGCAGAUCCUCAAGGUCGUCGACGCCACUGUUCUGAAACAUUUCAGGCCCCUUCCUCACUGCCACCUUGCCCCUCAACAUUAUCUUCCUCUGCAUUCCCUGAACACACCCAAACUGUUGCCCGUCGAAUUGGUUUUGAUGGUAUGCUAUGGGGGAACGGUGGCUCAGCUGACAUCUCAUCUCAGUACAUCAACCCUGGGCUACCCAACUUAUCUACUUCACAGACAUCCUCCAUCGAGCAGGGCCUUAAUUACAUAGACUUGGACCUGGCUAACAAGGAGAGUCCCCAUGCUGCCACAGAAGGGCAAGCAGCAGUCCACACACCUGCUGCCCGCCUCUUUUCCUCUGUGCUAGGUGGAGGAGCUGCAGGGGGUUCUGUUGGAACUGGCAGUUCAGUCAGUAGUACUUCAAGUCUGAACAUGUAUGCUAGCAUUGACUUCUACAAGUCAGAAGAGCUAAGGUCACACCAAGGCAGCAGCAGCAGUAAAGAUGGUACAGGUCAACUAGUGCCAUGGAGGAGCAACAGUUCGAAGAGAAUCUUGCUGAGCAAAAUGUUAAUGCGUGUUCCUGCUACAGUGAAAUUCUGGGAAUGCUGGAGCUCUUCAGUGCACCUGAGUGUGCCUGCCGGAACAGAAAAGAGAGAGGUGUGUGCGGACAAAGCCCAAAAAACCUUGCAAGCACUUUUGAAAAACUAUUCUGAAAAGUUUUGUUGCUGCAACCAGUGGGAAACUAUGUGCCAAAAGAGAAAAGCAACAACUGCCUUUGCUGUCCAGACUGUCUACAGACAAGCACAAUAUGCAAUCACAGAGGAGAAUGAAGACUGACUGUCAACCCGGAGCCAAUAACAAUAACCCUUGAUCUUCAACACUAACUUGAACAGUUUGUGUCUUAUGUUCAAAAAAGUAUUAAAUCAUUGGAUGAUUCAUAAUGUUGAACAUAUUAUGUACAGUAUAUACACAAAAAAAGUGCCUCUUGUUUUUGAUUGUUGCUUUUUGAAUAUAGACUUUCGUUUUUCAGGCACUGACUGAUGUGCUUGAGGAAAAAAAGGUUUUCUUUCUGUUGCGUUAUGUAAAACAGAACUGAUAAAAAAGGUAAAAAUCAACAAGAAAAGAUGGUCUUUGGGAGUGCUCUAGACCAUGUCUUUUUGUGACUGAAUCAAGGCUGUGAGGGCUGGACUUACAGUCAAUUCAGUGAGUCGUACUAACUAAAUGUUAUAGAUCACAUCUUAUGGCAACCGAUGUUUUUGUGAGGGUUUUUUUACCUCUGGAUUUUUUGAAAUAACCAGAUUUAAAAUACAAAUACAUUUUGUUGGAUUUUUUUAGCUGAACAAUUGACACCAAACACUACAACCCAGUAGAAAGACUAAGUCUAUCCCUCACAGCAUUAUUUUAAUGUAUGAGAAUUUAUAUAUGGCAUCUCUUAGUAAGAUAUCAACAGUAUGGAUGGUGCUGUUUUGGGCGAUAAUUAUGAUGAUGAAGAUGAAGUAAUUAUGAAACUCACAUGGUGUUCAUCAUUGUGUUAAGCUAACCUUGCCUCCCAGCUUUAUUGAUUCAAUUCAUCGCCCAUCUUUUGACUGGUUCAUCCUCCCUUUUUUCCUUUUUUCUCCUCCCAUUCUCCUCCCUUCUCCCUAAGCUUGAUACGUUCCAGCUAUGCAUUAGUGCUAAAGUGCCUGUCUCUCAUAUUUCUCUCUGUCUCUCUUAAUCUCUUCCUCACCCUUCUGCUACCUUCACAGUAGUGCCCUGAAAGGAACCGGUAACAGACAUUUGGCUCAGUGACAUUAAGCGUCUAUUUUUACUCAAAGGGUGGGGCAGUUCUGUGAUGGUGUCCUGCGGUAACUUACCUCAGCUGGCACGCACGGAUGCUAGCUGACCUGAUCUACACUGGACUAUACCAAUGACAGUCUCAAAUGGGGCUGUGUAAAGGUUAUUAUUUGAAAAUCCUCCCUAUUCGCUGUAUCACAGUGACACCCAUUGCUGGCCAACAGUGGUAAAUAAACACAUGAGUUUUAUAAACAUGAUCCUGAAUGUAGGCUAUUGCUUUCAUAUUUUUUUUUUUAUCUCAUCUUUUAGGAGUAUUUUAUUUUUGUUUUUGUUAUGAUGAAUAUGUCCAUUAAAGAUUUCGUUUUUUUUUUUUUUUUAAAGAUCCCAUGAAAUCAAAAUUGGAGUUUUGUGGCUUUUAAUCCAUGUCUGUGAGCUUUGAGGUGAUUUAUAUGCUAGUGUACUCCUAAAAGCUGACAAAGCAGCUUUUAUCAGAUUUAAAUUUAAAGUCUUUCGCUUCCAGGAAAGCUACAAAAAAUGUGAUGACUCAUCCUGCACUACACAAAUUUCUUUCUUUAAAUCAGAUUUUUUUGUCCAAUAAGUGUCCCUCCCCCUAAUACUACCUGCCCCCAACUAGCAAGUAGCAAAUCAUGGUUUGUGUAACAUAACCAGGGCCUAUUGGCUAUUUGUUUUUAAGUGAUGAGCCCUUGAUAUGUCCCAUCCUAACUUCCUGUUUCAGUAGGAAAUACUUCAACACAGAAAAGACAAGUGAGCUGGUCAAAGGGAUUACAUUUCAUGUAAUGUAAGGGAGAAGACAUAUUUUGCCCUUUCUUCAGCCUCUGAAAGACCUCAGGGAUUAAGAGUUAUUAUAAUGAAUGCAUGAGUGCCUCAAUAUUAAUGCUUUUCAGUGUUUGACGUUAUGUGUUCGUGCUUAGUGUACAUGUAUUCUAAUAGUGCAUUUGUUCCAUCCUCUUAAAUGAACUGGUUCAGUAUGCUCUGGUCCUAUCAUAUGAUUGCUUGGAUGCAGAACAUAACAAAUGGUGUUUAUUGGAUCCAGAUUGAGCCGGUCUAACAGACAAUCAGUCUUGCUGCAUUAGAAAGCUGAGGUGGAAAUAACCAGUCUUAUUCUGUGAGGACCCUGACACAAUAGCUAUAAACUAAUACAGAACAGGCCGCAAUACAAAUAAAUGUUGAACAUAACCGGGUGCUCAUUGUAGCAGGAGGGAAAUGCACACAGUGUUCAUUCAAAUUCAUUCAAAUAAUGCCCAAGCUUAACUGUGCUAUAAUAUGCAGUUAAUUUCAACAUUCAGACACUAAGUUGCCGAAAUCAUAAAUACGUCAAUCCAAAGAACAAGUCUGAAGUUGUGUCCUCAGGAGACCUUGUUUAAAAUACAUUCAGAACACAGAAUAGUCAUAUUGAAACAAUUUCUGUCUCAUUAGUCCACAAAACCGCUUGAAGUCUUUAAGAGGUUGAAGUCACAAGGCAAACAAUGCCGUCCUUCACUAAUGCAGUUUACAGUGGCAGUUCUGGCUUACUUGGUGCCCUAGGCGAGAUCCUACGUGGCACCCUCCCUUAACGCCCCUUUUAUAUAUAAAUAAAUGGCACAUUCUAUUAACAUUGACAUUAUACAGUAUAUACAAUACAUAACUUAAAUUGCACAAUUAAAUUAUAGAGUCAAUAAACAAAGUAUAUGGCAGAAUUCUUACAAAUUGCUGCUACUCUGUGCUAUUACACCUAAUCCCUCAUUUAAAAUGUAACCCUCCCCUCCUAGUUUUCAUUGAUGCAUAAUCAUCAAUGAUUUUGUCAUAUCUGCCCAGCAAUCACAUGGUUGAUACUAAUUAUUGCAAGACCACUAAGAAGAUCCUGUGUCAGCCUGGGUAGCUCAGCAAGUAAAGACGCUGACUAUCACACCUGGAGUCGCAAGUUCGAAUCCAGGGCGUGCUGAGUGACAUCAGACAGGUUUCCUAAGCAUCCAAUUGGCCCGGUUGCUAGGGUGGGUAGAGUCAUGUUGGGGUAACCUCCACAUGGUCGCUAUAAUAUGGUUCUCGCUCUCGGUGGGGCAUGUGGUGAGGUGUGCGUGGAUGCUGUGGUGAAUACUGUGAAGCCUCCACACGCUAUGUCUCUGUGGUAACGUGCUCAACAAGCCACAAUAUAAGAUGUGUGGAUUGACUGCCGCGGAGGCAACUGAUAUUUGUCCUCCACCACCUGGAUUGAGGCAAGUCACUACGCUACCAUGAGGACUUAAAGUGCAUUGGGAAUUGGGCAUUCCAAAUUGGGGAGAAAAGGGGAGAAAAUCCCUGUGUCAUGGUGUAGCCUAACUAUAGGCCUACUGUUUAUCAUGGUUAUCUUAUGUUUGUUCAAAAUGUAAGAAUACAUUAUGAACAUCCAUAAUUCUAAACAUAUCGAGCCUUUAUGGCUGAGUAGCCUGUCGGGCACCUUUCUCCAAUCAUGAUCUUGCAAGCUGUGUGGGGGCAGGGUGGCACGAUUUGGGGCACCUAUCUCCCAUCGUGAUUUUGGGAGCUCUGUGCGGGGGCAGCCUGGCAGGUACCCUGUUAUGUUGCCCCAGAGAGCAUUGCCGCCCUAGGCGCCUGUCUAUAUCGCCUAUGCCAGGACCUGCUACUGGCAGUUUAUUAACACUAAGAGGACCAUGUGAAUAGUGCCACCAGUUCAUUCAAAAUUGGCAGAUUGAGCGAGGACAGUUUUGUAGGCUUUGCUACUGUUUUGUCAUUUUGUCAACUUUACUAAAUAUAUACUAAUGCAUUCUGUGUAUGGUUCCUGUUGACAGGGAUUGUGAACAAUGACAAUGCUUAUUAUUAUUUUAUUUUUUUGCCUGUGAUGUUUUCAUGCUGCUUAUAAAAAGGGCAGACAAGCCAGUGUUUAUAUUGUUUGUUAUGUCUAUUUUGUUUCUCUGUUCAAAAAAUUAUAAAAAUGAUAUAUAAACUGGAUAUUGCUGAAAUAUGGAGUAAAAUAGAAAAAUAAAAACUUAAAUAUU